CGCGCUACAGCGACGGGUCCCUGGCAGCGCACGAGUUCCGGCCGAGAUGGAUCAAACCUUUUGCCGACGUCAUUCGAUCAAUCCCGUCUUCAAUUUGCAGACAGCCAUGUUUGCUUUUCACACUCCUUCGCGACUCCUUCCCGUCUUUGCUGUUCUAGGUAGGUACCACGGUACCUACAUACCUCCCUACUUAGACCUAGGCAGACAGGCAGGCAUCGUCUCGUCUUUAACCGCCAGGUCGGUAUAGGCGGACUUUUGUUCGUCCGUCAUGCCCAGCCAGAGGUCAAGGGCUUGAUAAGCAAGGGCUUGACAAGGGCUGGCCCAACGAACUCGUGCUGUAACGUUCGGUUAAGUGGUUCGCGGUGCAACCUCGGCCCUCCCAUGUCGACCGGUCGAUUUGUUUUCUCCUCAUCUCUCUGCCCACCACCUUGCAUCUGCUUAAAGUCCAGACUGUAUGGCCUGAAAACCAAGGGUUCACCACCCCCGCCUCGCCUCUCCCUGCCUCGCCAACUCACCAUCUAAGACGCACAUUCAACAACCCCCGUGCGGGCAGACCGAUGAGUGGACCGCGUAUUCACCUCCGAUCCGGCUUGAAUGUCGACACACGCAUCCUCCAGGAACUCCUCCGCUUCCCUGCUCCAUCACGAGAUCUCCCCGGGUUUCCCCAGCCACCCGUUGAAUGAAGCUCCACCGUGGCCGCUACCCUCAUCUUCUCCUUUUUUUUCCCCACGGGGAGAGAACGGUUUGCCAACAGGGACAUUUCCAAACAAACAAUAACAAUAACAAUACCAACUGUCUUGCCCGUAAGUACGGGUGAGCAGCGACAGCUACCUUCUAGCCUAUCUUGCCUAGUGACUGCUAUCUGACCUUGAGACAAAGCUAUUACGAGGGACUGCAGCUCAGAAAGUCAAAAGGGGCCACUUGCUACGCUUACCCUGACGCUUCCUUUGCCCAUCAUUCGGUUCAUGCUCCGAAUCCCCUGCUGUUACCCUCCCUCGCUGAAUGCAUGGCUACCCCGUGGCAACAAUGGCCCAGGUGGAGUGGAGAACGAGAUGCGUUCUUCCAUAGCUUGCUAGGGAUUGGGGUAAAUUCAAAGCUUGCCCGCAUCCUCGUCUACCCCAUUCCCACCUCCUCACGACAAGCCCUUGCCUACCAACGGUCCGGCUCAAAUUAUCAGGAGGCCGUAAGCGAUCCCCACCGCGUAUCUCGCUACCCGAUUACCACGUCGGUCUAGUUUGUGGGGUUUUUGGGGGAGGCAUCCGUCAUGACCGGACGAGGAGCAGGAUGAGGGGAAAGCGGCGGGCUGGCAAUGAGUCGCAACCAGUGUGGGAACGUAAUAUGCUGCCGUACCUGCAUGCCUACCUCUGGGUAUAAAGAUGUCGUCCCAACCUCGGCUCCCUCGGUCUCUAGAAUUGAGUUUCCGCCUUGGUCGUCGUCCGUUCUCUGUCUACCCUCCGGGCCCAGUCUCCUCAGACAGAUACCUGCUGUUAGCUGCCGCCGAUACCUGGUGCACUCUUGUCUGCCUAUCCGCCAAGCAACCAUGAGGCAUUCUCUGCUAUCACUGGGCGCAUGCCUGCUGCCCUUCUGCUCGGCGCAGGCCACGGCAAAGCCGCAGCCCGACGCCGACGGAAAGUACUGGAUCCACGGCCAGGGCAUCUCGGCCGCCUUUGUGCCCUACGGCGCCUCGGUGGCCAACGUGUUCGUCAACGACCGGUACGGCAUCCGCCGGGACAUCGUGACGGGCUUCGACAACGCCACGCACUUCAGCGAGGACAAGAAGCACGACCACUUUGGCGGCGUGCCGGGCCGGUACGCGAACCGCAUCAGGAACAGCACCUUUGAGAUCGACGGCGAGACGUUCCACAUCCUGCCCAACGAGCACAAGACGCCCGAGCACCCGGACGGGCUCAACACGCUCCACGGCGGGCCCAAAGGCUGGGACUGGCGCAACUUCACUGUCGUCUCGCACAGCAACGACAGCAUCACCUUCUCCAUCGUCGACCCGGACGGCGAGCAAGGGUUUCCCGGCGAGGUCGUCUCGUACGUGACGUACACGCUGGGCAACAUGACGUGGGACUUCAAGAUCGUGGCUAUGGCGACGACCAAGAAGACGCCCAUCAUGCUGACCAGCCACGCUUACUGGAACCUCGACGGCUUCUCCAACAACGAGACCAACAAGAUCUACAACCACACCUUCCAUAUCCCCAACGGCGGGCAGCGCGUCGACGUGGACAACAUCCUCAUCCCGACGGGCGACAUCCUGGCCAACCAGAAGCACUCCAUCAACGACUUUUGGAGCGCGCCCAAGCAGAUCGGCGCAAACUUCUCGAGCCCGGGGAUGCUCGGCAACUGCGGCUUCAACUGCACCGGCUACGACAACUGCUGGCUUGUCAACCGGGCGCAGGACGGGCCCUACAACUGGCGCACCUCGGGCCCCGUGGCCUCGGUCUGGUCCGACUGGUCCGGCAUCCGGCUCGACAUCUUCUCGGACCAGGACGCGUUCCAGAUGUACUCGUGCGGCGGCCAGGACGGCUCCAUGCCGCUCAAGAAGACGCAGGGCAUCAACGACAACCCGAACUUCCCGCGCACCAUUGCCAAGGACGGCUGCAUCGUGCUCGAGGUCCAGGACUAUAUCGACGCCAUCAACCAGCCCAGCUGGCAGCGCAGCAAGAAGCAGAUCUUUGGCCCCGGCGACGACCCGUACGUCCUCCAGGCCAGCUACAGGUUCAGUCAUGUCUAGGUCCAAGGGGGUUGCUCGAGGGUUUUCCGUUGGUUGGGUCGUGUCAUGAAGUGAUGUGAAUGGACAAGACGAAUAAAAGGGGCGAAAAUGGAAAUGAAUGUGAUAAAAGCUAGCAAGCACGCAUGCCUUAUCAAUUGGCAUUGCAUCACGGACGAGCUUGUUUGUAACUAUCUCAUAAUGAAUAAUUAAUUACCAUGGAACAAAAUUUGCG